CAUCACUUCAAGUGAAAAGAGAAAGUAAAUCUAAACAGGAAGGUCUAAUGCUGGAUUCUUACAAUGUUCUUGCAAGAACGUAAUAUUAACAGAAUUUAUUCAGAGACUCACAAUUAUUAACACUUAAUACUGAGUUUAAGCAUUUGUGUCCUUCAGAGAUGAAGAUCAUUUAUAUGACUCUACUGAUCAUCUCUGAAAUAACAGAUUCAAGAUCAGAGCAGUAUAAUGUAGUUGGACCCACUGAUCCUGUUCUUGCUGUGGCUGGUGAAGAUGUGAUUCUGCCCUGUUACAUCAAACCCAACAGCAGUGCUGAGGACAUGAGAGUGGAGUGGUAUAGACUUGAUUUACAAGACUCAGUUGUGCAUCUCUAUCAGGAUCAUAAAGACAGAAAUACAGAUCAGAUUCAGUCUUACAGUGGGAGAACAAAACUGUUCAAACAAGAACUACAGACAGGAAACACAUCACUCAAACUCUCAACAGUUCAAGUCUCUGAUGAAGGACUUUAUAAGUGUUUCGUUCAGUCUGAAUCCUGGUACAUUGUUAAUGUCAGAGUUGAAGUUGUAGGAACUCCUCCACUGAUCACAAUAGAUGGGUUUGAUCAUUCUGGAGGGGUUCAUCUACACUGUGAAAUCAAAGGCUGGUACCCUGAACCUGAGCUUGUGUGGCUGGACCGUGAAGGAGUCACUUUGAAAUCUGAAGCUACAGACACACACAGAGACACAGACGGAUUCAGAGUGAAACACACCAUCACUGUAUAUAAUAGUGACAGCAAAUAUCACUGCAGAGUCAAACUGAGACAUCACAUGCUGGAGACAGAGAUUAUUACCUCCAGUAAAAUGUUAAAUUCUUUGAGGCUGUUUGUCAUCUGGACUUCAGUUGCAGUUGUGUUCAGUGUGAUUGCUGUAAUAUUGAUCGCAGCUUUUAUUCAUAAACACAGAGAUUUAAACAGAGAGAAGAUGAAAAAUCAAGAAGAACACAGUCUACUUUUACAGAGACAGAAGAUCAUUAUCCCAUAUGUGUUAGCACGUUUCAGAAAACAUGCAGUGACCGUGACUCUGAAUCCUUAUUCAGCUCAUCCACGUCUCACUGUGUCUGAUGACGGGAAACAAGUGAGAGACGGAAACACACGAUCAACAGAAGUGAACAAUAGAGAAAAAGAGCAAAGUGACACGUUUGAUGAAUAUCUUGCCGUCCUGGGAAAGGAAGGAUUCUCCUCAGGGUGUUUUUACUUUGAGGUGCAGGUGACGGGGCAAACUGAGUGGGAUUUAGGAGUCACCAGAGAAUCCAUUAACAGGAAGGGAAGGAUUAAUCUGAAUCCUGUGAUCGGAUACUGGACUGUGCAGCUGAGAGAUGGGGAAUAUUGGGCUUGUGAUUCUCAACCUGUCUCUCUUUCUCUGAGUGUGGAUCCACAGAGGGUGGGUGUGUUUGUGGAUUAUGAGGAGGGUCUGGUCUCCUUUUAUGAUGUGGAGGACAGGUCUCAUAUCUACUCUUUCACUGGUCAGUAUUUCAGUGAGAAACUCUGUCCAUUUUUUGGUUUAGGUUAUGAUUGGAAUGAAAACUCUGCACCACUGAUCAUCUGUAAUGAUUUCUAAUGAGAUUAAUUUACAGAUGAAUGUAUUUACAACAGCAAAGAUGACAAAAUAAAAUAAUUAUUCACUCUCAGACAUAAAUACACAGUUUAAAGUACAAACCUGCCAUUGGAUUAUUUACCCUUAUUUUGGUGCCAUAUGUGUUUGAUCAAAACAAAAAGGUAAUUUUUCCCCCCUCAGUGGAACAAAAAUAUAAUUGUACAUUUAAAGGUACACAAAAGAUAUUUAGGGUACAAUUUUGUACACAAAAUGAGUAAUACAUUUUAUCAAUCAUGAUAUUUAUUGGACAUGAAUAACAAAUCUUUAAAAUGCAAAACAAAUGAAAUACAUUAAAUAAAGCAAAUAAAAUGAAAUAGAAUAAAUGUUGAAUGUUAUAGUAAAUAUCUUGUAUUAACUGAAACUAAGAUUAAGUCUAAUGCUAAAAUCUCAAUCAAGACGAAGUAAAAUAAACUGUGGAGAGGUCACGAGGUCUGAGAGUGAAGCAGAAAGCCCAAGAGAGAGUUGAGCAGAUAUUAUAUUAUAAUUUAUAGCCCAAAACAUGCAUGUCAUAUUCCCUUAAACAGAUCAGAUGUUUUGUCUGGAUUCCCCUGAUGUUAGUAAUUAUCUCUUAUCACAAAAUAAUGAUUAAAAAUGUCCGUUUGUUUCUUCAAGGUGCAACAAUAGACCUUACACAUAUAGAAGAACUGUUAUGACCCUGUGGUGUUUUGUGUGUGUAACAUUGUAGUUUUCUAUCUGUGUUUGUGUGUUGUGAGCUGCUUCCUGAUUGGCUGCUAUUCAAGUAUAGAAGAUGAUCUGCAAGUAUGUUCAGAAUUAGCAGCAAUAAUAAAAGACAUUUUGUUGUGGCUUGCUUGUGUUUCACAAAUGUGUUCAGUUUCAUUGACUAUUUCAGUGAACACUUCUGGAGAUGCCACUAGGUGGCGACAAAUGAGCGUCUUAAGUGUAAUGAGCGAGUCAUUGAAUCAUUUUGAUGGUCAUGACCAAAAUCUGGCAAGAGACUUUAUAGUAUUUAAGCAUCAUAAGAACAAAGCAGAUCUUUAAUUUCCGUUCAGUUUUGUGAAAUGUUGUGAAAUGAGUAUCAAUAAUUUCCAUGCCUUCUCCAUUCUUAAAAAUUGCAUGUCAAAUCUACUGACUUCAUUAGACAAGAACAAAGCAGAUCUACUGUAUCAUUUUCUUACAGUAUUCAGAAAGACUGCAGGAUUUAAUC